AUGGACACCGUACUAAUGUGGGAUCUGUCAAGUUUUCCACACUUUGAGAUCGAUUCCUAAGCGUGGGAAGUUGGCAAUCCAUUUUAUAGUACGAUCAGUGCAUUUUCUGUGUCGCUUUGUUUUUUUUUUACGCUGGAAAUGUGCUUGGUUGGUGGCAAUGAGCACAUGGGCUUGUAGUGUAACCGGUUAUGGCGGCGUUGUGUGUAUGUCCAUGAGGCGGCUGCAAGAGCUAUUCUACUGAACUGAGACAGAAAAAGAAAGCCGAUGCAAUGGCUGGGGUGUUUGACAUUGAUUUGGACCAGCCCGAGGAAAACGUCUCUGAUGAUGAGCUUGAGGAUGCUCAGAUCAGUGAGUACAUGGACCAGUGCAGUGGUUUUGAAUUUAACAUGGAUGGCUGUGAAAAGUUUGAAAUCUCAGAAGACAUCGUAAACAAGGGAACGGAGAAGAUCCGGCCGGAGUGCUUUGAGCUGCUCCGGGUUCUGGGGAAGGGCGGCUAUGGAAAGGUCUUCCAGGUUCGGAAGGUUGCCGGUGCUGCUUCUGGGAAGAUCUUUGCCAUGAAGGUCUUGAAGAAGGCCAUGAUCGUACGCAAUGCCAAGGACACGGCUCACACCAAGGCAGAGCGCAACAUCCUGGAGGAGGUGAAGCACCCUUUCAUCGUCGAUCUCAUAUACGCCUUCCAGACCGGUGGCAAACUGUACCUCAUCCUGGAGUACCUGAGCGGUGGAGAGCUCUUUAUGCAACUGGAAAGGGAAGGAAUAUUCAUGGAGGACACAGCCUGCUUUUACCUGGCGGAGAUCUCCAUGGCCCUGGGGCACCUGCAUCAGAACGGCAUCAUCUACAGAGACCUGAAACCUGAGAACAUCAUGCUGAACCACCAAGGUCAUGUGAAGCUGACAGACUUUGGUCUGUGUAAAGAGUCCAUCCAUGACGGCACUGUCACACACACUUUCUGUGGUACCAUAGAGUACAUGGCCCCGGAGAUUUUGAUGAGGAGCGGACACAACCGGGCGGUGGACUGGUGGAGUCUGGGAGCCCUGAUGUACGACAUGCUGACAGGAGCUCCACCGUUCACUGGAGAGAACAGGAAGAAGACGAUUGAUAAAAUCUUGAAGUGCAAGCUGAACCUCCCACCCUACCUCACACAGGAAGCCAGGGACCUUCUGAAAAAGCUGCUGAAAAGAAAUGCUUCGUCUCGGCUGGGGGCGGGGCCAGGAGACGCCACAGAAGUGCAGACGCACCUCUUCUUCCGACACAUUAACUGGGAGGAUCUUCUCGCCCGGAAGGUAGAACCUCCAUUCAAACCCUUCCUGCAAUCUGCAGAUGAUGUGAGCCAGUUUGACUCCAAGUUCACCAGCCAGACCCCUGUAGACAGUCCUGACGACUCCACGCUCAGCGAAAGCGCUAAUCAAGUCUUCCUGGGCUUCACAUACGUAGCUCCAUCUGUGUUGGAAAACAUUAAGGAGAAAUUCAAUUUCGAGCCAAAAAUUCGUUCACCGAGACGUUUUUUGGGAAGUCCAAGGACACCAGUCAGUCCAGGUAAAUUCGCGGGAGUGGACUGCUGGCCCCGGGGCCCCGCGCUGGCCCGGGCCCCGCCCCUCCUGUCCCCCUCGGAGCAGGCCAUGGAGGUGGCCCCUGCGGAGAUGAUGGACGUGACGGCCGGCUCUGAGGCCUCGGCCCCCCUGCCCAUCCGACAGGCCGGACCCUUUAAAACGCAGGCCUACCCCAUGAUGUCCAAGCGGCCGGAGCACCUCCGCAUGAACCUAUGACCUUCGGCUUGGUCCAGCGUUUUAGCUUCCCUUUUUUGGGUGAAACUGUCGUGACCUCUUUUAUUGCCCGCCCGCCCACCCCCCUACCCCCUACCCCCUACCCCCUACUCCCUACCCCGCACCACCCCACAUGAGCUAACCUCACCUCGCCACAAACUCCUCUUCCUGCCACCCCUGUCCGUAUUCCACCGUUCUCUCAGCUACCUGUGCUGCACUGAGCCCCGUGAACACAGGUGCCCCCCACCUGUGCUUCACUGAGCCCCGUGAACACCGCUGACCGUACCUUCUCUGCUGCCUUGAAUCUCGGCCAGAUUUCUUUUGGGGAAACAUGGCCGCAGACAGGAGGAGGAGGACCUGGCUCUUUGCGGGCAGAAAAGAUGAAGUGAUUGAAAACACUUUGCUCAACUCAACUAUGCCGACUGGAAAACUUUACAUGGUGCUCUUUGUCAGAUGAUCAAAUCCUGCUAAGGAAUUGCUUCUGUGGAAUGCUUGAAUAUUUGACAGUAUUACUCUGGAUGCAGAACUGCGUUCCCGUUCAGAAUGAAAUGACUUUAAUCACUGCUAAUCAACAAGGAAAGAUGAACGUUCUCACAAAAGGACGCUAAUAAGUCUUAACCUGCUUCGAGUGUUUGACCAGAGGAAUGCCAUCCAGAUACACUGAGAUGUGAUAGACAGGCUUAUAACAAAAUGGCCAUUAACUUUUAAUAGGUCCCUUUGCAUUUUGUUCAAAUUGAUGAUUGUGGAGGUCAUGCAGAAUUUUAAACAGGGUAAAGACCAGUGCCCUGCCCUGAAAUGAAAACUGUUGUCUCUGGCUAGGAGAUAAUUGAUCUGGGUAAAUCUUUCAGCUGCAUGAUGUUAUUCCACACAGAGCAUGUUUUUCAACACCUGUUCGCUCAAGACGAUUAGCCAGAUUUAAAAAUCAUCAGUAUACAUAAGUAUGGAAUGCAGUUUCCUUCAGAAUACCGUUUCCGGUAUCUCUGCCUGUGCUUCCAUUAGAAUAUCAACGCAAAUUGAAAACCAAUAGGUGGUAAUGUGCACUAUCCAGCCAGCUGACCCAUCUAUGUAUUUCUUGUCUUCACCAAACAGUUUUUAAAAGCUGUUUAAUCAGUCUCUUAAUGAGUUGGUCUUUCAGUGAUUUUGCUGCUUCCCCCUCCACCACAUUGGCCCUCAAGGAUCCAUUUUGUGUUUAUUAAUUUACUUAAAAGUGCAGUUUUUAUUCGGUUAGGUCACUAUUACAGUAUUGUUUCACUGGACAUUAGAGUGGAAAGGAUGUUGUGACAUUUUAAUUUUUUUUAAGUUUCAAUACAGUAUACAAUGCUUGUAUGGGUUGACUUGCCGAUGAGAAAAUGAAAUUAGAUUUUUAUGAGCUUUUAUUUUGAAGUCUCGUUUAUAUAACGGUCACACAAUUUUAUAAUAACCGCCAUAAUUAUCAGGAGCUUCAACCAAAUUCUUAUCUGCCUUAAAUACUUUAUUUGGAGUCGUUUCAUAUUAUUAUCUGCUGCGACCAAAUGCAAUCCGUAUUUCUCAAAUGUUUAGCCUGUACGUUUUUUUUUUUUUUUUUGUCGCAAGAGCUUUAUGACUGUUUUUUUUUUUUUUUUUUUUUUUGCGCUAUCGAACCAUUGAGCAACAACGGGACAUUGAUGUUCGCGGCAGCUGCGUUUCGCCCGUUAGCCCGGUCAUAGGGCCGGCUGUAUAGGAGCCGAAUCGCCAAUCAAGAAAUAAAAGGACUGGAAAUUGCCCUCAAAAGGUACAAAAAGGAGAUUCUCAAUUGAAACAAUUAAAAUUUUACCGGAUGCUAACAGGGAAGAUAUGAUAUCAUUACUGGUGGGCAUAAUCAGGUCAUGGCUUAAUACUUGAACACAGCACACAAGUUGGUCUCCAACUUGGAAAUGACCUGUUCUGUCUUUAAAAAAAUCUUGACUUCUGUAAGGGUGAUUUUGCUUCUUUCCCACAUGUACUCUUUUGUAGAUCUUCCUUUUGCUGGUAGUAAUAAUUUGGCUGCUUUUUAAAUUAUUAAAGGUCUCUUAAAUUACACAGAGAAUAAAUUGUGUAGGAGUAAAUAAAAGUGAUGUGGAUAUUAUUUUCUGGAAAUUAAACACAUGCAAAUGAAAUGCAAUGAAAUCAGUAUACAAAAUCUGCACAGUGCUGGUAGCAAUCAUGUUUUACAAAUGGAUAAGUGGAUUAUGGCAUGAAGGCAAAUUCAGCAGGUUCUCAUUGUGUAUUAUUGAGUGCUUGUUGAUGAUAACCGUGUGCUUUCACCAACGUCUCAUUCACUCCAGCUGUUAUUGCAAGGGACUAUUGAAUUAAAAUGAUUUGAUCUGGAGAAAAAAAAAUUAAAAAUUAAAAAACUUUUACAAAACAAUUUAACAAAAGGGACUGUGAACUUCUUAUUGGAGUGGAUGGCCAAACCUGGCUCCACCUUAGGUGACCCCUGAUUUUGAAACACUGUUCUGGCUCAGCCAACACUGGCAGCACUUCUGUUUCGACCCACUCCUGGUUGUUGUGGGAAUGAAGCAAAGAAAAGAUCCCGUUUAUUACAUGUAAUUUGGCUGACGCUUUUCUACAAAGUGACUUACAGUUGAUUAGACUAAGCAGGAGGGACAAUCCUCCAUUACAUUGCAGAGUUACUUCACAUUAAUACAUUUUAAUCACUUCUGUUUGAGUUUGAGAAUCUUAUUUUCAAAUAUAGUUAAAUAUCCCUUUACGAAAUGCCUCCCUAACCUAGGCAAAGGCCCCUGGCUGGGAAGCAGUAAUUUCGCUAGUCUUUCAUGAGCGAAGCACUCGGUCCAUCGCAAUGAACUUCGCAGAACUCCCCUCGAACGCACAUUUUACUGCAGACUUCCCUGUGGUUCAUGGUAAAACAGAGUAGACUUGGAACAUAAGUGUAAUUCAGCAGUGACCUUACAUAAUUACCACAGCCUUUAAACUGUACAUAACACGAAAUAAUUAUUUUGAUGCACAGGUUUUUAUUGUUUUUAUUUCAGCAAAGAUGAUUUAUCCAAGUGGUCUCCGCUUUCUGCAUCCAGGACACUAUGCAAAUGAUUUGUCCUCAUUCACUCGGAUUCAAUUUCAAUUUAUUUUCUUUGAAAUUGCAGCAUUUCUAUAUUAGAUUUAGGACCGGUGAAGUACUUGGUUUUUCGUUUCUUCUUUUGUUUUGAUUUGUUUUGUAAAUGUGUUCCAAAUAACCACAUCAAACAUCUGCUAUUGUAUUUUUUUUUUUCAAAUUGUACAGUGUUUGACCUACUCUGUUCUGACAUUACAUAUCCUAACAAAUGAACCUCUUGCAAUUUUGGGAUUUUUUUUUUUUUUUUUUUUUUUUUUUUAAUGUAAAGCUGGAUUGUCUGGUUCUGUGAGGUGAAUCAGGCAGUUUUGGACUUUAAUUCAGUCUGGUGGUGAGGGCAGACUCAGACUUAAUUUACAAAGUUACCCGAAUUCGCCCUAAUUGAACAUGGUAUACGUGCUGUCUUGCUCCUGCUGAGAAGGAAUUCUAUUUCUGCUCCCGUUCCUCUCAGUUAACGAGUGAGGAGAAAAUGUGUGAUUGAUAAAAAUAUGGGAUGGCUUCCAAUAUACCUGUAGAAACAUGUGGCAAGUGUUGCUUUUUAAAACGACUUAUCUGAACGGUUGCCUGCGGGAGUACGUUAAUUACAGUCCAGUUGGCGCCGUUUCUUUUAAUUUCUGUAUUUUUCCUUACUUUGUGUGAUUAAGGACUUCAUUAUUCAUGCUUGUUGUCUUGCAUCGAUCCACAAUUGUGAACUUAGAAUGUUUUAAGUGUCCACGAAGAGAGAGGGGGUUGGUAAGCAACGGUCUGGGCGUUAAGCAUGUAGCCUACUUCGUAAACGGCUGCUGCAGGGCAACCGGCUUUUUCGGUAUCUUUGACUUAAAUAUCUUUCAUCUGCCGUAAAUGAUACAAGACAAAAAAGUCACUGCAAUUACCCAUAUGUUACCAUGUUUAAGAAUGUUAAGGCAUUUUUGUAAUGACAUCUUUUAGAUGUCUAGAAACACAGCUUACCUAAAAGCAGAUGUAUCUGUGGGAAAUAUUGUAUCCCUUUAUGGUUUUUAUGCUGCAAAAUGGACAGACUGCAGCCAAGAAAAAGCACAGCAUGACGGCUUAAAUAGCCUUUGAGUUCCCCUUGCUUAAACAUGACCAAAGGGAAUACCGUCUUGAGGUAAACUAUUGAUGUUGGUUAUUAUUAUGCGGAACUGCGCAUGCAUCCUUUCUCAACGUAUGCCGUUCCAAGGUAACUGCCCAACGACCGCCAUACAGUAUAUGUAUUGUUUUGGCUUUUUUAAUUCACUACUAACGUCUUAAAGUAGCUGUUCCACAUUUAAGAAUACAGACGGCGCUUUUAACAUGACUUCACCUUAACCACAAAAUAAUCUUUGGAAAUAUCCUUAUCAUGUGUACCAGAUUAUGUGGGUUUCUUUUUAAACUCUCGAUUGUUUACCUUUGUGAUUGCUUCUAAGUAAAUGAACCCAUAUCUUGAAAAUGAUAUCUGGGGAGCAAGGUAGCAGGCAAUAACAGAAAUGUUAAUAUAGGGUAAGAAUGGCAGCGGUCAUUUGUUUGUAUUUUGUUAUUUUGGCCUCUGCAGUUGUUUUAAAACCUGAAUGGCUGUACAUUGAGAGAAUUUAAAAUAGUAGGCUAUUAAAGUUAAUUACCAGCA